AUGUCGGCGAAGGAAAUGGUUCGAGUUGAGCAACAGGACGAAUUAAAGCUUCGCCCAGCUCCCCAGCCAACUGCUGCAAAAAGCGAAAUCGCUCGCAUUAGGCGCGCCAUCAAUGCAAUGCUGCUUCCUUCAAUGCUUUCUUCUUACAUCUUCUUACACCUUCAAUGCUGCUUUCUUCUUACAUCUUACGUACUGCGCACCUUCAAUGCUGCUUUCUUCUUACAUCUUCUAUCUUCUGCCAUUAACGUACUGCGCAAGAGGUUCGGUCGCGGAAAUUCGGCGGCCCAGGAGGUUCGGUCGCGGGCCUUUCUGCUGUGGCUUCCGUUUCGGUGGCUGUCGAGGUCGAGGGUUGGGUGGCGGCGGGCUAGUGGCGGGGCUGGUCAUGAAGGAGGGUUCGGAGGUGGAGGUGGUGUCGGUGGAGGAGCUGGUGGUAGUGUCAGAGGUGGCGGAGGAUUCGGAAGUGGAGGCGGUGGAGGUGCCGGUGGUGGGAGCGGCUCUGGAGGAGGUUUCGGGACUGGCAAUGACGGCAGUGUGGGAGGAUGUGGAGGGUUCGGAGGAGAUGGUGGGGGUGGUCUUGGAGGUGGGAGCGACCACGGUGGAGGAUUCGGCUCUAGUGGCGGCAUAGGCGGCGGCGGCGGCGCCGGUGGGGGAGUUGGAGGUGGUGGUGGUUUCGGUGGCAUCGGCGGAGGUGGCACCGGCGGUGGGAGUGGUCAAGGCGGAGGAUUCGGAGCCAGUGGGGGAGUGGGUGGCGGCGCAAGAGGCAACGUCAGAGGUGCAACGGUGAUGUAG